AGCUUUAGCUUCUACCUACACCCUUUCAGUUACAUUGAUUAUUGAAAUGUACUGAAAUAAACACAUUCAUUCAUUCAGCUGCUUCAACUUGCCUUUGAUAUCAGAGGGUUGUAUGAUGUAACUAAUCUCUGACAUCACUCAAAUUAUGUGACCUAAACGCACCAAUGCCCAAAUGUUUCACCACCGUGGAAUAAAUGAAUCAUAAAAUACAUUAAUAUAAGAUGGACGUGUGGCGUUUACAGAGACGCCGUCACAGCUUCCUGAGUGGUAAACAUGUAGUUAACAUGUAGUAACCAUUUAAUAAAAAAUGUAAACAUGAAGUAAACAUAUAAACAUGCAGUAAACAUGAAAUAAACAAACACGUGUUGCCUUAAAAACAAAGGAAUGGUUUUUAUGUGAAUAUUUACUGAACAUGUUUGUUUCUGUGUUUCAGGUCCUGAACAGGAAGGGCUUCAUCAAACUGGCUCUCAAACACGGAGCUCAGCUGGUCCCGGUCUUUUCCUUUGGAGAAAACGAGUUGUUUGAUCAGAUGGAGAAUCCCAGCGGCUCGUCUCUGAGGAGGCUGCAGAACCGGCUGCAGAGCAUCAUGGGAGUGGCAAUGCCUCUGUUUCACGCCAGAGGAGUUUUCCAGUACAGCUUUGGUCUGAUGCCCUACAGGAAGCCCAUCCACACUGUCGUGGGAAGGCCGAUCUCAGUGGUCCAGACUCCCAGUCCCAGCAGAGAGGACAUCGAGUGUCUCCAUAAAGUUUACCUGCAGAGUCUCACUGAGCUGUUUGAGCAGCACAAACACACCUACGGCCUCCAGGAGCACCAGCACCUUACCUUCAUAUGACCUUUACAUGACCUUCAUCUCACCUUCACAUGACCUCCAUAUGACCUUAACGUGACCUCUAUCUCACCUUGAAAUGACCUUCAUCUGACCUUCACAUGACCUUUAUCUCACCUUUAUAUGACCUUCACAUGGCCUUCAUAUGACCAUCACAUAAACACCUGGCCUUCAUAUCACCUUUAUCUUCAUCUCUCACCUUCACAUGACCUUCAUAUCACCUUCACAUGGCCUUCAUCUCACCUUUAUAUGACCUUCACAUGACCCUCAUCUCACCUUUAUUAGACCUUUAUAUGACCUUCACAUGACCUUCAUAUGACCUUCACAUAAACACCUGACCUUCAUAUCACCUUCAUCUUCAUCUCUCACCUUCACAUGACCUUCAUUUCACCUUUAUAUGACCUUCACAUGACCUUUAUCUCACCUUCAUCUAACAAUUAUCUCACCUUCAUAUGACCUUCACAUGACCUUCAUUUCACCUUUAUAUGACCUUUAUCUCACCUUUAUUUGACCUUUAUAUGAACUUCUCAUGACCUUCAUAUGACCUUCACAUAAACACCUGACCUUCAUAUCACCUUCAUCUUCAUCUCUCACCUUCACAUGACCUUCAUAUCACCUUC